AUGUCGACAAAUGAAUUGGAUGAUGUCCUGGACCCAGAUGAAAUUGAAGCUAUAGAAAAACAAAACAACAAUGAUGAUCCAUCAGACCACAGUUCUAAUCAUGACCAUUGGGAAGUUCAUCCAUAUGAAGGUUCCCGCAAACCACCAACAGUAAUAGGAGCUCUAGUUCGUGAGAUGUAUCCCGAUGUUGUCGAUACUAUAAAUGGAUUGAAGCCAGUAUUAACAUGCGAAGAUUUCAAGAGGACCAGCACAAAUGGAAUACGGAAUGACAUUCGAGUUGUUGGAGAAUUCUGGUGGCGUUUCAAGUGUCUUCCAGAAGAUAGAGCAAAGGCUGAUGAAGUCCUGGAGUUAAAAUUUAGAAACAUAGUGCCUAAGAUGUUGAGCGAAGAGAAGCAAUCAGCAUUUAAGAAGCUGUAUAAGGACGAUAAUGUGCCGCCAGAAGAUGUGGAUGAAAAGGGAAACCGCUGGCCAACAAAAGAAGCACUAAUUUCUGUUAAGCCAAAAGACUUUACAACUGAUGAAGGUUGGAGUUUGCUAUGUGAGCACUGGAGCACACCAGAAUUUAGAAGAAUGUCCUUAAGAGCAAAGCAUUGUCGCCAAAGCGAAGGCUAG